CUUCCUCCAUGCCCUCCUCCAAUUGGGAGGUCUGAGAGGCAUUGCCCAAGAUUCCCUGGAGUGGCUUGGAGGUGCUUCUGUGGAGGAGACUUUCCACAGCUGGGUCUUCUGAGACUGAGGUGGCCGUCCGCUGCAGCUGAAGAGUAAGGAUGGCAAUGAACAAGGGCCCGACCCUGCUGGAUGGAGACCUCCCUGAGCAGGAGAAUGUGCUCCACAGAGUCCUGCAGCUGCCUGUGGUGAGCGGCACUUGCGAAUGUGUCCAGAAGACCUACAACAGCACCAAAGAGGCCCACCCCCUGGUGGCCUCUGUGUGCAAUGCCUAUGAGAAGGGUGUCCAGGGUGCCAGCAAUCUGGCUGCCUGGAGCAUGGAGCCGGUUGUCCGCCGGCUGUCCACCCAGUUCACAGCUGCCAAUGAGUUGGCCUGCAGAGGCCUGGACCACCUGGAGGAAAAGAUUCCCGCCCUUCAGUAUCCUCCGGAAAAGCUCGCCUCUGAACUGAAAGGUACCAUCUCUACCCGCCUUCGAAGCGCCAGGAACAGCAUCAGCGUGCCCAUCGCCAGCACAUCGGACAAGGUCCUGGCCAGCUGCGAGCUUGCCUUGGGGAUGGCUAAAGAGACCGUGGAAUAUGCUGCCAACACCCGAGUUGGCCGACUGGCCUCUGGAGGGGCUGAUCUGGCUCUGGGCGGCAUUGAGAAGGUGGUAGAGUUCCUUCUGCCACCAGCCAAGGAGGAGUCAGCCCCCACUUCUGGCCAGCAAAGGGAUCCGAAGACUCCCAAGGCCAAACCGAGCCUGGUGAGGAGGGUCAGCACCCUGGCCAACACUCUUUCUCGACACACCAUGCAGACCACUGCCUGGGCCCUGAAGCAGGGCCACUCUCUGGCCAUGUGGAUCCCGGGUGUGGCACCUCUGAGCAGCCUGGCCCAGUGGGGUGCGUCAGCAGCCCUGCAGGUGGUGUCCCCGCGGCGGCGGCAGAGUGAGGUGCGGGUGCCCUGGCUGCACAACUUAGCAGCCUCCCAGGAUGAGAGCCAUGACGACCAGACGGACAGCGAGGGAGAGGAGACGGACGAGGAGGAAGAAGAGGGAUCAGAGGCUGAAGAGAACGGGCUUGGAGAGGUAACAGCCCUGCCCAAUGCCAGAGGCCUCCUGGGAGGGGUGGUACACACCGUGCAGAAGACCCUCCGGAACACCAUCUCAGCAGUGACUUGGGCACCCGCGGCUGUGCUGGGCACGGUGGGAAGGAUCCUGCACCUCACACCAGCCCAGGCUGUCUCCUCCACCAAAGGGAGGGCCAUGUCCCUAUCGGAUGCCCUGAAGGGUGUUACCGAUAACGUGGUAGACACUGUGGUACACUAUGUGCCGCUUCCCAGGCUGUCCCUGAUGGAGCCCGAGAGCGAAUUCAGAGACAUCGAUAAUCCGCCAGCAGAGGUCGAGCGCAAGGGGUCCGGAGCGCGGCCAGCCAGUCCGGAGUCCGCGCAGCGUCCGAGCCAGCCUCGCGGUGGCUUGCGCAGCGUGCGGGGGCUCAGCGCGCCCUCCUGCCCGGGUCUGGACGACAAGGCGGAGUCGUCGGCGCGUCCCGGCUUUCUGGCCAUGCCCCGGGAGAAGCCUGCGCGCAGGGUCAGCGACAGCUUCUUCCGACCCAGCGUCAUGGAGCCCAUCCUGGGCCGUGCACAGUACAACCAGCUGCGCAAAAAGAGCUGAGCGACCUGCGUCCCUGCUCGCCCCGGCGCCACCCCAUGGAAGGUUCGCCUUUCACCAAGGAAACAGAAACCACACUUCUAAGUGGGCCUCUCGGUCAGGGUGGCUCCUUGGAAGCCUGAGCUACACCCCCCACGAUGCUGUACACAACAUUUCUAAAGCAUCCUUUGGGGGCUUGGCCAUCACAGGCAGUUUUUAAGGGGCACCAGAGUAGCAGGCGAUUUUCAUGUCAUGGCUUCCUUUUCUUUUCCC